AUGGCCUCCCCCUGCCCCUCCCCCACCUUGGCCCGCCCCGAUGACGUCACGGUGGGGGCGGGGCCGGACCCGGCGCUGGCCCCGCCCCCCGCGGGCCAAGCCCCGCCCCCCGCGCCCCACCCCCGGCUCAGCGUGGCCAUCCUGUGCUUAAUUAACCUCGUUAAUUACAUGGACCGCUUCACCGUGGCCGGCGUGCUGCCGGAAGUGGAGGAUUAUUUCGGCAUCGGCGACAGCAGCUCCGGCCUCCUGCAGACAGUGUUCAUCAGCAGUUACCUGGUGCUGGCUCCGCUCUUUGGCUUCCUCGGGGACCGGCACAGCCGCAAGCGGCUCCUGGCGCUGGGGCUGGGGCUGUGGUCGGGGGUGACGCUGGCCACCAGCUUCGUGCCCCCCCAGCACUUUGGGGUGCUGCUGGCCGGCCGGGCGCUGGUGGGGGUGGGCGAGGCCGCCUACUCCACCCUGGCCCCCACCCUGGUGGCCGACCUGUACCGGGGCCCUGCCCGCAGCCGCGCCCUGGGGGCGUUCUACCUGGCCGUGACCCCUGUCCUGGGCGUGGCCGCGCUGCUGCUGCUCCUGGCCGUGGUCAGGGACCCGCCCCGGGGCGGCCUGGACGGGGCCGGAGCCGCGGCCGCUGACCGCAGCUGGGCCCGGGAGAUCAGGGAGCUGGGACACAACCGGACGCUGGUGCUGUCCACGCUGGGUUUCACGGCCGUGGCCUUCGUGACGGGCGCGCUGGCGCUCUGGGCGCCGGCGUUCCUGUUCCGCGUGCGGCUGGCGGGGCGAGGCGGCGCCCUGCCGGGGGGCACGGCGCUGCCGCGGAGACCAGAGGUUUUCAUCUUCCUGGGCGAGACCCUCCUGUCCCUGAACUGGGCCAUCGUGGCCGACAUCUUACUGUACGUGGUGCCGCCCGGGCGCCGCUCCACGGCCGAGGCGCUGCAGAUCCUGACCUCACACCUGCUGGGGGACGCGGGGAGCCCCUACCUGGUGGGACUGCUGAGUGACGCCCUCGGGGGCGGCGCGGCGCCGCUCUCGUUCCAGCGCGGGGCGGCCACUGUCCCGUACUGGUCCAUACUGCUGAGUGACGCCCUCGGGGGCGGCGCGGCGCCGCUCUCGUUCCAGCGCGGGGCGGCCGCGCUGCGCCGGGCGCUGCUGCCGCUGCCGUUCGCCGCCGCCCUCGGCGGGGCCGCGUUCCUCGCCGCCGCCGCCGCCCUGCCCCGCGACCGGCGCCGCGCCCGGCGGGCGGCACGCGCCCCUCCCCCACCCCGUUAUUUAUUGGCUGCCGACGGAUCCUGA